UCUUUAAAAGAGUUUAGACCUUUUGGUUUGUUGUGCAAUUUCUUCCAUCUACAAAGUACACUUGCCCUUGAAGAAACUUUAGUUCCUAAUCUUACCACUUGUGUACCUCUGCAAAUCUCUGGAAGCAAGCAUGCAGCAGCAACCUCUGAGGAAGAUGGUUGUGUCCAAGAAGCUCAUGAAGGUUGGCCCAUGGGGCGGCUCCGGGGGGCACCCGUGGGACGACGGCGGCCACUCCGGCAUCCGCAGCAUCACCGUGUCCUACGACCGGUGCAUCGACAGCAUCAGCGUGGAGUACGACAAGGACGGCCUGGCCGUCCCCGGCGAGCGACACGGAGGCGCCGGCGACAAACACACCACUCAGAUCAAGCUGAGCUUCCCGGACGAGUACCUGACGGCCGUGAGCGGGAACUACUCGCCGAUCGCGCACGGCGGCUCGCCGGUGAUCCGGUCGCUGGCGUUCCGGAGCAGCCAGAGGGCGUACGGGCCGUUCGGCGCGGCGGAGGGCACGCCGUUCACGUUCCCGGUGGACGGAGGCGUCAUCGUCGGGUUCUACGGAAGGAGCGGCUGGCAGCUCGACGCCGUCGGCCUGUACGUCGCGGCGCUGCGCCUGGAGAGGAUGUACGACAGGGUGCAGAAGAUCGGGCUCUCGGCCUACCGGGCAGUGAUGCACCGGAUCGGGCCUCAGCAGCAGCAGCAGCAGCAGCAGCAAGAGCCGGGUGAAAAGCUGAACGGCAACGCCCAGAUAACUCACAAGACGUAGCGGCUGCUGUCACCUGUGAGGAUUGAAACCAUGGCCUUGUCUGAGUAGAAUCCCUACUUACUGUAUGUCUAUGUACCUUCUUCCUAAAAAUUAUUUAUAAAAGAAUGGACAGAACCAUUAAAAAAAACCCUUCUGGUAGUGAGACCUAGAAAGAAGGGGGGGGGGGGGGGGGUUCUAGAUAUUCAUGACCUCAAAAAGAUGAACCUUAGUAUGCUCGGUAAGGGGGGAGAUACUAAGAGAAAAAAAAUAUAAGUUGAUAAAGUGGUGUAAAAUUUGUAGACUUAGAAGAAAAGACAGUUAGGUAGUCAUGAUCUCAGCAAGAUGAAUCUUAGUCUUCUCUGUAAGUGGUUGUGCCGGAGAAGGUAUUUGGCUGGAAAUUGUGGAGAGAAAGUAUGUGAACCAGCUUUAUAUUAUGGCAAAUAUACUCGUGCAUUGCUA